AGUCUAGUCGGGUUCCUAAUCUUAUUUCUACAGAUUGAACUUAAAAAAAAACUCAGUUUUUGCUAAAGUAGUAUUUAUAGUUUUAAUAUUAUAAUAAUAAAUAGUAUUAACACCAGUGUGUAGAAUGACUGGAUACCAUGAACAGUGUCUGUUCUUUGCCCCUGUACCAGACCUGAAGACACUCUACAGUGUUUUUCUUUCAUUUCACAGUUUUUUAUCUCAAGCAGAUGAAGGAGAGCUGAGAAACAGACAGGUGAAGACCUGCAGAGAGCUUUUGCACUUAUAUGCCGAUCUUAUUGCGUCCCCUGUAUUGGGUUCUUAUGGUGGGAUCAGAGUAAUAAUGGCUAUAACGUUUUUCAACAGAGGCAUCAUCCAGGGUUAUGCACGAAUCCAUAGUUUACAGAUCAGCUCUCCUGAAAGAGUUCUGCCUAGCAUCCUCCAAAUGUGUCUUUCUUACUCCCUCACUGCUCGAUUGGCCCCGAACUGGAACAAAGCAGGACAGUACUCAAUAGCAGGAAAGGACUUCCUGACUGAUGCUAGCAAACGCAUUGCUGUUGUCAUGGAGCUGAGUGUAAGUGAGACCGAACUGUGUGUCAGUGUGGAGGCCACCACUGUAAGACUUCCCCCUGUUACACUGAAGGACUUUGAUGUUCCUGCACUUGUAAUGGAAAGCUUUCUGAAUAACAAAGAGACAGUCCUUCAGACCAAAACACCAAAUAACUGGUGUUACAUUCUCCCAAGCAUGAAGAAGGGCCAGGUCAUUAGCAUCCGUCGCACACUGCCACCGGACUGUCCUUUCCAGACUUAUGAUGAACUUCAGAGUCACUGGAACAACAUGUACGGCUACUAUCUACCUCCACUGAACGAGGAUGAGGUGGUGUACUGCAGUUUGUAUUUUAAACCUCUUGGUGAGAAGCUUUUCACGUAUCCAUUAUGUUGUAUUCGCAUUCAGCCAGUACAGUGUUUUCCCCGAGUGAAUCUGCAGGGGGCGCUCAGAGCAUUUGUUUCAGAUGUCAGAAGCCUCAUAGAGAAUGUUUGUGGCUUUACAGCCCAAAUGACCAGCAAACCUUACUACCAUACUACUAGUCUAAGCAGACCUAGCUUACAGGACUCUCUGGCUUUACCUGCUAACCUGACCUCCAAGAGCUCUAGCAGACUUGUCCUGACCCAGCUCCCUAAUGUCUCCUCUCCAGAGAGGGUGCCUCUUUCUCAGCUAGCAUUUUCUCCCUGGCCCCUAAGUCAGCCAGUCAGUCUGAGGCAUAACAUCAGGCAUUCAGCUACAUCCAGUGUACGUGGGACUCCUCAAAUCCCCAACCCCAUUUUGCAGUCCUCUCAUCGCAAGUUCACAUCAUCCUUCUCCUCCGGUCAGUCUUUCUCAUCUUCCUCGUCUGUAUCUGCUAACCCACCUUCGCCUAGCAGCUCUCAGCGUGCUAUACAGAGACCCAAACUAGUGCCUGUCUUCACAAAUAAGUCACUGAGCCGUCAUGUUAACAUUACAAAGAUCCUGGCUGAGAAACAACAACAGAAGCAGGUAGAAGCACACCGUGUUCUUGACAGUGCAGUAAAAAGACCCUCCUGUUCUCCUUUAUCCUCUGCACCGACACUUCCCAGGGUGUCUCUGCCAUAUUUUAAGAAGCGUAAAAGAGAUCACGGUGUCUAUGCAUCCACAACAGCACAAUCAGGCUUUCAAACUCAACCUGCUCAUCCUGCUAACUCUGAUAUCAAAACAGGGGGCGAAGUGUUUGAGUCACAUGCAAAGAAAGCCAAAGUUAAAGUACACGAAAUGGAUGUGGUGAAGUAUGCAAGAAGGAAUCAGCUGGCAAAGAUCAAUGCAGCGACUCUUCAGUCAUGGCUCAAAGGCCAAGGGAUCACCGUACGUUCAAAGGACAAAAAGGACGAUCUGAUGUCAAAGGUCAUGCAGUGCCUGAGUGAACCAUGAGGCAGGGAGUCGCCACCCAGAAACCUCCUGCAGGUUUAGAGUUCCUCUCCCAGGUAAUCCGCACUGAAGCAAAGCCUUUAGAGCCUUUCCCCCACGGCUCUCAGGCUGACAAAAAAAAAACAUGAACUGCCCAUGAGCUGUGUUGUGCUUUAGUUCUUCUUUUUUUUGUCUUUAGCAUGGCCAUGUUCGACACGAUGUUAUGUUAGGCUCGAAGCAGAUAUGACUAGAUGUUAAAAACUAACCAGUGAUCCAAUUGAAUAAUUUAUUAACGUGAUGUUUUGCAGUGUCUGUCUGUGAACUUUUUGUUUUGUA